UUUUAAGACCAGUGAUCACUUCCAGUAAGCAUGCACACUUAUGAGCUUAUUAAUUAAUUAGGUCAUUAGAAUUAAUUGGUUGUAGAUUUCCAGUAAUACCCAAUUUCAGCUUGUACUUUGCAUCCCGACUUAAACCGUGUCUCUGCUUGUGAAAAGGGGUGAAACGAUAAAAACUAAAUCUGUAGGGGGCACCUAAUACACAUUUUCUGUUCAUUUGUUGUUUUUUUUAUUUCUCCUUACAAUCUUAUUUCAAAAUGCAUGGGAUUUAUUCCAAAAUCAGUUUCAUCCUUCUACCCUCCAUUGGAAAUAUAUGGUACUGCAUGUGGUGAAAAUGGUGUAGGAAUAUAUCCCUGGAAUACGUUCCGACUUUAACCUAUGGCGGAUCAGAUAACCAUAAAUUAAAGUCGGAACGUAUCUUAAGCCAGGGUUCUAGAAUGCAUUUAGCCCAGAUUUAAGUGCAGUGUGAAAAGCUCUUUAGAUUCUUAUAAAUAGCCUAGGCUACAACAAUUCAACCGCUGCAGCUGUAACAUUAAUCAACCCCAUAUACUUUUCAAACCUCUCGUACUCGACGGCAAAAAAGUGAAAGUGAAAGAAGAAAAAAUACAAAUCCUCACUGCAGAGUCGGCAGAACUGCACGUUCUGAUCCCCUCGUGCAUGCAUGGGACCUGCAUUUAUGAGAUUCUGUGGGAGAUAUAACCGUAUUAUGUCCGGUAAUGUUACCCGUUUAUUUUUCAUGCUGCUAUCUCUCGCAAAGAUUCGUCACUAUGGGAUUUUGUGUGACAGGGAAUCCUGCCCCGCCCCACCGCAUAAAAACCACACCAAGCCCUUCCAAACGCAGACUUAUCAGGAGGAUGAGAAGCACCGCUACGCCUGCGCCGAGGGCUUCGUCCGGAAAGCCGGAACGUCCGCGCAGAUCAGAUGCAGCCGGAGCGGGAACGCCUUGAAGUGGGAUGACGACGGCAGGCCCACCGCGCUCGUGUGCAUACGUGAUCCAAGGCUGAAGCCAUCAGAAGCACCGCAAUCUACGCCCACCGCGUUAGAACCCAAAAGCACCAUAGCGACCACCACGAUGUCAGUAACUGCAGUGACCGUAACCACGGAGGAGUCAACACCCCGGACGACCCCUGUCGUGACGGCGAACACCAUCGCGUCAACUCCACAGAACACGGCACCCACACUAACCCCCACAACGCCUUCCCACAAACUAACCCCCACAGGAACAUCCCCUUCCCACACACUAACCCCCACAAGAACAUCCCCUUCCCACACACUAACCCCAAGAACAUCCCCUUCCCACACACUAACCCCCACAAGAACAUCCACUUCCCACACACUAACCCCAAGAACAUCCCCUUCCCACACACUAACCCCCACAACAUCACCCCGUUCCCCAAAACGAACGUCCUUCACGCAGAAGACCACCACCAAAGUGCAGCACUCACCUCCGGACACAACUGAACCCAAUAACCAAGGACCUGGGCAAGUCGCACAGAACAAGACUACCACUGUAUCUCUUGGUGUGAUUGCAGUGAUCUUUCUCCUCAUCGCACUAAUACUGGUGGCACUCCGAAAGAUGAGAAAUCGCCGAGGGUUCAGAUUACCACCGGCUGAACAAAGACAACAGAUUCCCAUGGGACCCAUAGAACCACAAGACCAGAGAUACAUCCCUGUUGCGCUACAAGACCAGUGAAGACUAGUCCCAAAUACGUACGCAAAAGUAAUGUACAUAUACAGGUGUGUGUGUGUGUGUGUGUGUCUGUACAAAGUGUGAAUGAAAACUGCACGAUGUGAGGACAAAGGUCAGUUUAGUGCGGAGCAGAGGAAUUCUGCAGUUGCUGUGCUCCAGACUAUUCAUGUGGGAAUAAUAACACUCAUGUCACACAGCCAGGAAAACUUGACCGGCUGCCCCCCAGCUAGGGAACUGCGGCCUCCACGCUGGCCGUCCCACGGAAUUUGGGACGGACCCGUCUCCACACUCCAGUCCCGCUCUCUGAGACACCAUUUUACACUCGGCUCCUUCACAGCGGGGUGACCGCCAGCUCCUGAGCAGCUCCACGACCACGACUCCGCACAACCGCACCGGCCCAGGGGCUCGAAAGCAUUUUAAAGACCAAGGCCAAGCCGCGGGGCCGACAGCGUCGCAGUCCGUCUCCAUUCACACGCGCAAAGGUUCAACGGUCAGGCUGCGCUCGGAAGCCGGGCCAGAUACCACAGGGAGGUUUCAACGCACUCAACCCCUUACCGCCAACGGACGAGGACUUACCGCGGGCUGUGACGGGCGCUCCAGGGACGCGGGGCCGCUAGACGCCGCUCAGAAUCUCACGGGCGGCGUUCCGCAGAGCCGUUUUCCGCCUUCGAUCGCCACAUGGACCUUGAACUCGCCCUCACCGAUCGGCUGCUGCUGCUGCCCCGAAAUGGACGUCUGGUGAACUGCACUCCUUUGGCCAGGCUAACCGACCCGGCACGCAAGGGCCACCGAGCGGCUAACACACUGUCAAACUGUGGACGUGUAUGAUGUCACUUCCUGCACAAACUCCAGUGUAAACACACAGCGGGCGAGAACAGUGAGCUGCGAAAUGAGUGUGUCUAAAUGUGUGAGCAUUCACCAGAACGCGUGUUAAAUGUCCUAAACGUUAAACGCGUGCGAGUGCAUGCAUGUGGGCUUUGUGCACAUGUACUAGAGUGUGUGUGUGUUGUGCGUUUGUUGUGUGUGUUGUGCGUUUGUUGUGUGGGUGUGUGUGUGUACGCAUACAUGCAUGUAUAUAUGAAUAUGAUUAUGCACUCCAUUGGUACACUGCCAUAACAUAUUGGAGAAGCCCCCUACAAAUGGACUGGGCAUUUGGCUUUCUCCAUUUUCCUUCUUACCAGCAAAAUUUGGUGCAAUUUUGAAUGACCACCAUGGAACACAGUGGCAGAAGGACUAUAAUGAAGAUUAAAUAUGCAUACGGUACACGCUUAAACCAAUAAAUCCUUUUAUACCCAUGAAUAUAUUAAUAUAUGUCAUAUAACGAAAUGUAUAGAAAGAGUCAGAAUAAUAAAGAUACAGAUUAAGGUGUU